GGCAGGCAGGUGGCUGGGCGCUGAGGUCCCAGGGGUGGGGAGGUGGGGCAUUGGUGCCCCCACUGCUGGAUGCCGCUGUUCACACUAACGCUCCUCAUAACGCAGCACUCCUGCUCCAGACCCUCAACCCCCGGGAAAAUGGUGGAGAGCCAGCGGCAGAAUGUGCGUGCAGAGUUUGAGCGGCUGCGCCGCCUGCUGGCAGAAGAAGAGCAACGGCUUCUGCAGAGGCUGGAGGAGGAGGAGCUGGAGGUGCUGCCCCCGCUGCAGGAGAGCGCUGUCCGCCUUGGGCAACAGAGUGCUCAGCUGGCCGAUCUUGUCGCUGAGCUGGAGGGGCGCUGCCAGCUGCCGGCGUUGGGACUGCUGCAGGACAUCAUGGACACCCUGCGCAGGGUCCAGGAAGUGAAGCUGCAGCCGCCUAAGGUGGUGCCCAUGGAAAUGAGGACGGUGUGCAGGGUCCCGGGGCUGGUGGAGGCUCUGCAGAGGUUCCGAGGGGACAUAACGCUGGAUCCGGACACUGCUAACCCUGAGCUGGUCCUGUCGGAAGACAUGCAGAGUGUGCGGCGGGGGGACCUGCGGCAGCCCCUGCCUGACAGCCCCGAGCGCUUUGACCCCGGGCCCUGUGUGCUGGGCCGGGAGCCCCUGAGCUCCGGCCGCCACUACUGGGAGGUGGAGGUGGGCGAGCGGGCCAGCUGGGCCUUGGGUGUCUGCAGGGAGAAUGCUAACCGUAAGGAGAAGGGCGAGCUCUUUGCAGGCAAUGGGUUCUGGAUCCUGGUGUUCCUGGGGGGCUUCUACAACUCCUCUGAGCGGGCCUUUGCCCCUCUUCGAGACCCACCCCGGCGUGUAGGCAUCUUUCUGGACUACGAGGCCGGGCACCUGGCAUUCUACAGCGCCACCGAUGGGUCACUCCUGUAUGCCUUCCCUGAGACGCCCUUCUCAGGGACGCUUCGGGCCCUCUUCUCACCUCUGUCUAGCAGCCCCACCCCCAUGACCAUCUGCCGACCCAAGGGAGGGCUUGGGGAUGGGCUGGCUUCCCAGUGAGCAGGUGUCUCACGCCUUUGUCCUGCCUUUGAGUCUCCAAGGGUAUCCUGAGCCACAGGAAGAGCUCCCAAUGCCACUUUGUGUGCUUAGUAAAAUCCCUCUACCUCUGUCCCCGGGAAGCCAACACUGUGGGGCCAGCAGCAUCUCCCAGGUGACCUUCCAUGGCCAUCUGAUGUCACCGGUGCGUUGCUCACAGUCCUCUGCAUAGCCCAAGCCAGGGUCCUGGGGGGCUCUGUUUGCAGGAGCCCAGCUGGUCAGCGUUGAGGCCAGGGCCUGUGGAACUUUCUGAGGCUUCAGCCUGAGUCCUUGACAGCCCCAGGGCUGUAUCCCCAAAGAGCUGCUGUCUUGUGAGGCCGCUGGGAGGGAGGUGAGUCCGUCAGCCUGUCUCAGGGUCUGGUCCUAGAAAAUGGUGCUGGAUGUGGAUGCCCCCAUCAAUCGGGGUGCAGCAGUCAUCAGGAGAGGGGGGGCAUGGGAAAGGCCAGAGGAAGAGUGCUCAGAGCAAAAGGUACUGCAUAAGGGGUCUGAGGAACCUGGGUACAAGCCCUCAAGUCCCCCAGCAUGGGCCACUGUGGGCUCCUGCAGAAUGUCCUUCCCACCCCAGAGCUGAGCACUAGCUGAGAAAAGACACUGGCCCUGCCUGGGGAAGGGGUGAAGCUGCGUAGACCCCCCCCCCCCCAACCCUCACCACUUCAAUCCAGGAUUUCUAUUGGCUUGUUUUGGUGCUUUUUCACAAGAAGGUGUGUACCCCAAGAUUUUAUCUGUGGUAAGGACCAUCCUUACAGUAAAUAAACUAACCAUUGUCUGUGAUGCCACUUUUGAAUUGGGUGGGAGAGUCCAUGGGCAAAGGCCUACCGUCCACAGCAAAGUUGGGGACACAGUGGCUGGCUGCAUUCCAUGCAACUGCCAUGGGAUUCUUCUUUUCAAAUAAUCUGAUCAACAGUUCUAGGUUCCAUGGUGUUCAAUAGCUAGUUACUUGAUUAUUUAUUUACUCAUUCUCCCAUUGUUGGACUUUUUUUUAAAAUGUAUGUACCACUUUGAACAAUUCCUUCAAAUUAUGUACCCGGGAGGUUUUUCUCAGUCAAGCCAGGAGUCUGCCACUUUUCUGGCUGGGGAAGUUUCCCCAUCCUUUCCCAGUUGACUGCCUACUGUUUCACUUCCUGUUGAGAAUCUGAGGUACUGGUUGGUUCUUGUCUGAAGCAAGAUUUGGACUUUGGGAUUUCCUGGAUGGCCACCAGAAGCCAGGAGGUGAGACAGCCUCGGUGAGAGUUUGGAGGAGCACACGACUGCCCCAAGAACAGCAGGAUGGACACCUAACCAAGGCUUUGGAGCAAAGCUGGACACCAGUGUGAGGGAGGGAAAAUAUUCCCUCCACCCAUCCGAUCCCUGUCUGGAACCUGGUAAUAAAAGAUUAAUGAGAAAAA